AUGGAGUUCUGGGAUCGGCGUAUCCAUGCGUGGACCCAAGAUCCCAGAUUUUUCAGAAGUCUCUUGUGUCUCCCUGCAGCCCUGACGCAGUCCCUGUCCCGCUACGCAUAUAUCGAACUUAUGGAGCUGAUGCAUCAAGUCUGGAAGUGUCUUAUUGUCGAUGAUUUCACAAGCUGGUGCCCCGGAGGCUCCAGAAUACCACUGACGGUCCUCGGUUUUACCCUCACGAAAAAGGGGUGUACGGAAGCACUGAAAGCGGUGUGGUGUGCUCGCGGGACGGGCAGGAUCUCACUAGCGCACGGCGCCCUGGGAUCAGACGAUCGUACUGUCGAAUCCGCCCCACAGCAAGCCAGAUCCCAGGGUUCCCGCCAUUCCGACCUGGUAUUGAUGGUCAAUAGACCCCUGUCCUUGUUUCUCCUGAGCUGCUCAAUGGGAAUCCAUACUCCUGGGAUGACUGCACGAUAUGUCGUGUCAGAUGCUUCGCCGCUGGUCAUCAGCCUAAACAUAUUGUGCGUUCUUCGUGAUCGUGGUAUCUCAUAUGGUGGUGGCAUGCACAAAUCCCUCUCAAGAGUGGCAAACAGCUCACAAACCCGUUUAGGAUAUCUGACUGCUCAGUAUGAUGACCAACUAGUGACCUUGACCGAGCGGGAAUCUGGCGUUUGGAGGAGCCACAGGGAACUUCCAAACCCUCACCGAUCGCUUCGGGCGCAACCCACCCCUGUCAACUCACAAAACACAGUAGGACUUGGCGUAGCAUUGGAAUCCGUCACCAGCACUGUGAUGGAUAUCCUCAUCUGCAUCUCCGUGAGCGCCUCGGUAAUGUUUCGAGGCCAAGGACUCAAGGCGUAG